AUGGCUUUCACAGAUAGAUAUGAUCACAAUAUGUAUAUGAAGAGUAUUCUCUAGGCUUACCACUCGAAGCCAACGAAAAUAUAAGCAUUUGUUAAUCACUCACACAAAUCUUUUAAUAAAAAGCCGAUCGGAGUAAUUAGAAGCUCAGAGCGAUACAUUUCGAAGAUAGAGAAGAUCCACAAGACCAAAGGUCCAGAUGGGAAUUUAGAAUAAUGCCAAUAAGUUACUUCUAAUACAAAGGAUACUCCUAAUUCAUCAGUUGAAAAAAAGAGCAGAAACUUUUCAUUUCGAGAUGCAAAAACUAUGAAAGCAAUGAAUGAUGAUUUCUAUGAUGACAGAUCUGUUAGUAAGUCUCCAGACAAGAGAAUACUAAACAAGUCGUAAUCUCCAAAGAAGUAUGAUCUUUAGCAUUACUAAUCAUAGCAAUAAUUAGAUUAGCCUGCUGAACACAAACUUCUUCAAUUGAGAUAGAUUUAGAGCUCAAUUGUAAUUCCUAGACUUAACUUUCAGAAAACCAAACUUCAAAGUAUAAUUCAAAAUCCUUUAAAGCAAAAGCAUUCCAAUACACUACAAAAUAUCUCCUCAACUUAUCCCAACAAUAAUCUGAAUCAAACUAAUACAAUAGUUUUAAAUGAGAAAAUAGCCAUUUUUAAUCAAGAUUGCAUUAAUUCAAUUCAGGAAGUGGUGAGUGUUAACUAGCCUUAGUCUCAGGGAACAUCCUAGCACAAUUCUAAUGUUAUGAACACUAAUGUGCCGAAUUCCCCAAGACUGAACUAUAAUAAUACUAGUGGCAUUGCAGAGAUGAGGAAGGAAAGUGCAACUGCCUUGACAAAUAGCGGGAAUCAAAACAACUCAUCUAAAUUUGUAAUUAAAAAGAAAUCCACAACUACUUCAAGUAUUCUAACCUCAGGCUAAGCUUUGUCUAGACAGAAAAUAAAGCCAAAGUAGUUAUUUUAGCAAAAUGAAAAGGUACAAUAGGAGAUUAUUAACCGAUUUAAGCUAUUUAAAGGAGUGAAUACCAUCAAAGGUAUGCUCUUACUAGAUAAGAAAUCCAUAAAGCAGUAUUUUAAUAAGGCUAUGAAUCAAUAGCUGCUUUAGUAGUAGUAAUAAAGUUCAAGCAACGGUAUAUUUACAAACUGCAACUAGAUUGGGUUUUAUAAGAAUUGCCAGGGAGUUCAAGAACUAGUCAGUGCUUUUCUUGAACAUAUGUUCAAAGAUAGAUAAAGGAUUGACCUAGAUCAAUUUAAGUAAUACUUUUUCGAUGAAAUGGCAAAUGAAAAUCAGCAAACUUAGCUUGAAACAGCAUUUGCAUAUUAUGAGAAUUUAGCUGCUAAACGAUAGAGUUUUGCUGGAGGAGGCUAAGAAAGCAAUACUGUGAAGUCGCCUUCUAACUAAACUAAUGCUAAUAAGCAAAAGCUUCUAAGACAGCAAAACUCCCCAAUAAUAAGUGAUAAGAAUCUAUAGCUCUAGAUAUAAUAUUAUAACCAGCAAUCAGGGAGAUCAUUGUCAGAUGUAGAUUUAUAUAAAAUGAUUGAGUUGCCAUGCUUCAGCUUGCUGUAUGAGGAUGUUAGCGCUAUUGUUAGGACUAUAAGCAAUAUCAAUAAAAAUCACUUAAAUCCAACAAAAACAAUGAAUAAUCAAGACAUACUCAACAGAGAAUAGAUACUUAUGACUAAGUAUAGUACUUCUAACUCUUCUCCAAGUAAAAUGAAAUCGAAUGAUAUUCUUAAACAAAAGGCUAAAUUACAGCUCUAGUAACAGUAAGAAAAUAAUAAAAACUCAUCCAUGGCUAGAAUAGCAUAGAAGACUGAUAGUAAUAGACCACAAACAACUUAAGGUGCUUAAAGUCAAAGGACUGAAGAGGAGUAGAAAGAGCAACUCAUAGCUAGAAGAUACAAUAAAAACUGGAUUAUAACAAAUGAUGAUAAGAAGCAUCUAUCCUAUAGUCUACUAAAAAUGAAGGAAGGUAGAUGCCAAAGUUAGAAUUCUCUUCAUAGAAUCUAAACUCCUGCUUAGUCAGCAAGGACAAUUAAUAAAGAAGAUGAUGAUGAUAAGCAACUCCUAUUGCCAUUAUAAAGUCCAUUGGAAAAUCUUAGAAACACAAUUGCAUCAUCAUAGACUUCUAGAUCUCACUUCAAAUUUUAAUCAGUUCUGUUCUCAUAAUGUGGUAAAAGGCAGUAUUAAAAAUUUGAUUCUAAUGAUUUUGAGAUCGGUCCUGAUGAUUAAAUUGGAUUUCUGACUAAUAGACCAAAGACUUCUUAUAUCAGUAAACCAGAAAAAAAUGAUCAAGAGCAUAAUCACGAAAAUACUAACAAGUUUUGCGCUUGCGAUUGGGAAAUUAGGAAAGCUGAUAAAAUUUAGAAAAUCCAAGGUCAACCAGGUUUUUCUUUAUCAAGACCUAAGAGUAUGACAACGUUCUAGAGAUUCAAAAAUAGCGCAAGUAAUCAGGAAUCUAAAAAGCAUAAUAUGAUUCAAAAUAACCCCAUCAAUUCGUAUAAAUCAUAAGCCUCCUUCAAAAACUAAUACUAAAAUUGGCAGAUGCCUGAAAGAGAAUCAAAAAUAGGCAUUAAUGACUUUGUAAAGAAAACAAAAUUCAAUUAUAACCAAGGAGUUCCUGAUAUAUUGCUCCUUGCUAUACAUUUGCUAUUUGGAGAUCCAGUACUAUAGCUCUAUCUUCAGAUCAAUCUAGGAAUGGAAUAGAGCCAAUUUAUAAUUGAGAAAUGGCCAAUGUUUCAAAGGAAAAUUUAUGAUAAGUAAACAUUAAUUCUUUAGGACUUAGCACUUUAAAGAGAGGAAAAGACCGAAAUACUAGUAAUUAGGCGUGAUUUUACAAAGAUACCUACGACUAAGAUAUUCAGAAUAGGUAUUUUGAAUUUCUUAAAGGAUUUCCAUGAUUAACCCUUUGGAACUGUUAGCUAUUUCUAUAUUCCAGAUAGACUUGGAAAUAGACAUCCUUAAGAGCUGGAUCCAGUAUUCAUCAAUCAGGUCUAGCUACUCUAUACUCAGUUGUGCGAUCCUAAGUUAAAUAAUGGCACAGGAAUCACACUUCCCUAUUUUGUAUAAUAAUCUGUAAGAAUUAUUCAAGUUUAAUUGAUAUUAGGCAUUACUAUUUGGAAAGCACAGUCCAUAUCUAGCAGAGAGAUUAUACAGAUAUUUGGAGUAUCAGUAGAAAGUAUUCUACAUUAGAUACAAAAAGAACUUUAACAACCUAAACAAUUUUCAGCAAAAUGCAUCUACCCAUCUAGAUUAUUAAGUGUUCCUUGA